GUACCUGUGUUGCAUUGCAUUGUGUAUGGCGUUUGAAAGAAAACUAUCAUUAAAUGAUUUUGAUCAAAAGUUUCGCGUUCAGAUGUGUGUACGAACUUCUUUUUUGCAAAAUUCAUGAUUCAUUUGUAAAUUCGUAUUUGUGUUUUAGAGUCAAACUAUGUCGACGAUCAUUGUUAAUCACUUAGCUUCUUCGGAUGUUGUGGAAAUAGAACCAGAAAUCGGUGAAAUUGAAAUUUGUGAUAUUACCGGCGGAAUCCAAGUUGAAACAGUCGACCCCACUGCACAUUUAAUCGAUUUGCAACAGCUGCCGGACAGCAAUAGUCACGAAAGUAUGCUGCAUACACAAGAGGAAAUAAUUGUAGACGUAGAUGUGCCCGAUGCAGAAAUCUUGUCUGCUUAUGACACUAUUAGUGUGCCUCAUUCGGAAGUGUUUUUAGAAACGACUGCUGGGUCUUCUAAGCGUAAUAAAAAGUCCCGAAAAUCGAACAAUAAACUGAAAACGAAAAACAGCCUCCCAUUUGAUAUGGAACGAAGCACGCGUAGGUGGGAACAGAAGCAAGUCCAAAUCAAAACAUUAGAAGGAGAAUUUUCUGUCACGAUGUGGGCCACGGGAACGGACGAAGAUGAUUCUACUUUACCAGAGCCUGAUCCAGAUUACACUGAAUAUAUGAUGGGUAAAAAAUUUCCUUCUGAGGGUGGUCUUCCAGGUGUGGAUCUUAGUGAUCCUAAACAGUUAGCUGAAUUUGCAAAAAUGAAGCCUAGAAAACUAUCAGAAGAUGAUUUAACAAGAACGAUUGCUUGUCCACAUAAAGGCUGCACAAAAAUGUUUCGUGAUAAUUCAGCUAUGAGAAAACAUCUUCACACACAUGGUCCUCGAGUUCAUGUUUGUGCUGAAUGUGGAAAAGCUUUUGUAGAAAGUUCCAAGUUAAAAAGACAUCAACUAGUUCACACAGGUGAAAAGCCCUUUCAGUGUACAUUUGAAGGUUGUGGGAAAAGGUUUUCCCUAGAUUUCAACCUUCGCACUCAUGUAAGAAUUCAUACUGGUGAUAGACCAUAUGUUUGUCCAUUUGAUGGAUGUAAUAAGAAGUUUGCACAGUCCACUAAUCUGAAGUCUCAUAUUCUUACUCAUGCCAAAGCAAAAAGUUGUGUGAAUCGUUGAAAACCAAUCAAAUUACUUUAAGCUGUGGUGUUCGUGUGAGAAAAUAGGACAUAUGUAUCAUUUGUACUUCAAACCUGGUCAUGAAGAUGAAACAUUUCAUCAAUGUUUGCCUCAUCAAAUUGCUCACUUAAAUAUUUUGUUUGUAAAUGUAUAUAUUGUUACAAUGUUUUCUUUAUUAUUUUCUUACUUUUUUGGCAUUUUUAUGCUUUGGGUAUGUAUAUAGUGUAAAAAUGCAUAACUUCAAAGGGUUCUUCAAAUUCAUUUUCCACUUUAUGUGAGUUCAAUGAUCAGUAAUAUUAUCUUUUUUUUCCCUUUAUACAUUAAUUAAAUAUUCCCUAAAUGAUUGCUUUAUAUUAUUUUCAUGUAAGUGUACUACCCCGUAAUUCUAAAUAUAUUUUACAGGGAGUUAAAAGGGGAAAAAACAUGGUUUUGUGUUUUUCAUCUAGCAAUUACUUUAAAUUUUGAAGCUUUUUUUUUUCUUUUUUUCGUUAUUAGUUGAUAUCAUAUCAUGUUCCACAUUACAUAGGACAAAAUUACCUCAAAGCAGAAAAAGAUGGACUUGGAAGAUUUUACAACAACAUUGACUAUAAGUGAUGAUGAAUAUGUAUGGUAAUAAAAUUCUUAUUAGACUCAAAGUUGUUUUAUGUUAUGAAUAUUGUAUGUUACAAAAUGCAUGCACUGAAAAAGUUACUGAUGAGCUAUUAGUAGUGACAAAGUACAAAAGCAAUGCAGUGUGUGGAACAAUAAGAUGAAAUAAAGAACGUGCCUCAAGAGUGCUGGCUAAGUGAAUGUUCAAGGGAGAGUAUAUAGGAAAUAUCCUGUGAAAAUGAUGUGAAAAGCUUACUUUAAGGAGUACUUGAAAAGUUAGACUGGGACUGUUAUUGCAAUUGAACAUUUUGACUUUAUAGUGUGGAAAAUUUGGUCUUUGAAACCAUAAUCAUUUUAGUAUGCACUAUAUAGUACAUAUAUUGAACUGUAUGAGCCAAGAGUGUUUUGAUAUAAAAAUACUAAACACCAAAAACAUUAAGAGGGUUUGUAGUAUUUCCAGAGACUUAGUUAUAUCUUCAUCAGGAAUAAUAAGUUAUCGCGUCAUUUAUAAACUGUAUUUACUAAAUAUAAAAUUGCUUUGGAGCUUAUAAGUAUUAUAGAUUGAAUUGCGCCAAAAAACAUUGUCACUGCAAUUGUAGAAAAGGUGGAAGAGUAAUGUUUUAUAUGUCAUGUGUGCCUAUUAGAAAUAGUAUUGUUAGGAUUUUUUUUAAUGAAUCAUUAUUAUGUAAAUGAAAUGUUCCUGUGCCUUUUUAAUUAUUUUGUUUGCAUUAUUUAAAGAUUUAUAAAUUAUGUGUACAAGCUGUGCAUUCUUUUAGGGACAAAAGGACAGUGUAUUUAAAUUUAAAAUAUUGUCCAGAUCAUCAGUUCAAGUUUAUUUUUCAUAACUAACGAGUAUUUUGUUUAAAGGCUGUAGGAUAUUAAUUUUGCAACUUUUUGAUUUGGGAUAAUUUUAUGUAACAACAGUGUAUCUUCGUAUAUAAUGUUUCAGUGUCAAUUAUGUGUAUCGAGUUUAAUAGCUGAGCUAUGCAGCUCCUAUAAUUUUCUCUAACUCAGUUACUUUAUAUUAUCUUUUAGUAUUAUCAUAUUUUGUUAGUGGAAUAUAGAUAUUUCUUAACUGGUUUCUUCAAUCAUUUUCUUUUUCAUUUCUACAAACAUUUCAACAAAGAAUAGUAUUGAUUAAAAAUUGUGUGUAAUCAUUUUCUGUGUUUUAAGUCUUGUUGCUUUGUUUCACUUAUUGAUAAAAAAAAUAUUUUAAUGCAAAUCAUCGAUAAUAUCUCAAGUGUCAAGAUGAGUGAGUACUGUGAAAGAAAGUAGUAUUUCAUGUUUUUAAAACUUCAGUAUGCUUUAAAAACUCUCAUUUUUAAAUCUUUAUUUUCUCCAAAAAAAUUAUAAUAAACGUUACUGUUGUUUUAAAUAUGAUGAUUUUUCUAAAAUUAUGUCAUUUAAUGUCUGAGAAUACUGAGAAUUGGUAAAAUUAUCGGUUUACUAUGUGGUGAUAUGCAUUCUGUAUAUGCAAUACAUUUUGGUACUAUGUAAAACAUUUUAUUAUUUUUUCAAUCCUUUCUUUCCACUUUUACUUCGGUAUACCUUCUAUAAAGUAAUUUGUGUUCCUCUAAUUUUGAAAGUGUCACUGUUUAUGAUGUUCAAUAUUCAAAUAACAGUCGUCUCUCGAUAACUCAAAGCCUUAUGACUUGAAUAUUUCAUGCACCAUUCCUGAGAAACAAAAAUUAUUCUUUAGAAGGCUGAGAAAUUAACUUUUGACAAUUCAAACUACCUAUUUUUCGGACAUUUUUAGCCAGUCUCUUAAGACUUCAGGUUAUCGAUAGAUUACUGUAUUUAAAAAGUUGGAUUCUUUCCUUUGACUUUCCUUCAUAGAAUAUAUUAUAAGUUCAUUACGCUAGAGUUUCAUAAAUACAAAAAAAAAAAAAAAAAAAAAAAAAAAAAUAAUAAUUUAAUCACUCAAGCAUUUUUCUGCGUAUUAAUGUUUAUUAAUCUGUUUAUAAAUGUUUUUAAAUGUCUUAAUGAAUAUGUAAUGUGAGAUUUCACAAGUUAUUUAAGUUCCAAAACGUAAGAAAUAUUUCUUUUUCUUCUUUCAGUAAUUAAUAUAAGUAUGUAUAUUGAAUACAAAAAUUAAGAAUAAGUUUGGAUGAAGAUAUGCAGCCUGUUUGCAUUGUUAAUUAAGAGAGAUAUAGACUGAUGUUUCUCCUGGGUCAAACAUAAAAAUACAUCCUUUUUUUUUAAAGUAGAAGUGCUGCUACUUUUCCUUUCCAUUCCAUUCUCAUUUCUACUUAUUCUUACCUGGCAAUUAUGAUUUACAGAAUCAGUAAUAUUCACAUUUCUUACAUCCACUUUGGGGUGAAACUUUUCCUCGGCUUUCCCAAAAUUCCAAUGUUUUUUAAAUUAUUGAAUCCAAGAACUCCUAAUUUAAGCGAACUUUAAAAUGGUUUAAAUAUGUAAACAUGUAUUCAAAAUGGCAUUCAAUUUCAAACACACAUUUUAAUUCUUUAAAUAAUGCAGCUUGAAUUGUAUUAUUAAUAACUACGUAGCUAUCCAGUAAUUAUUCAAAACAUUUUUUUCAGGAAAAGUGGUAAAAAUUUUCUUUUCAUACUUAACUUGCAAAAUAUGGACAGCGAAAAGAAAAUCCACUGUUUGAAAGGGGGGGGGGGGGGUUGGAGCAAUAACUGUUUUGAGAAGCCAGAGCUUAAUUUGUAAGAAAAAAAUACUUGAGCUCUAUAUUCUUCAGGAUGUAUAUUCACAAACCAACAAUACGAUAUUUCCACCAUUUUAAGAAAAGAAAAGUGAGGUCUGACCCCUGUCGUUUUGCUCACCAACCACCUUUUCUCCACCUUGUGUGGCUCAAGGCUGCCUGUGGCGGGUGACAAUUGAUGAUUUUAAUGUUUUUACCCUUGAAUGUCCUGCCACUGCUUGUUUUCUAAUUUCUAAAAAUUGCCAAAGAAAAAGAAGUGCAGGAACGAAACUCUUGUGAGCUCCCAUGCAAAUUAAGCCCUGCAAAAAGCUGAUCAGCUUCACAUACAUCAGAGGACUGCAAACAGAGCUUCUGCCUCCGGACAAGUACACAGGUAAGAUUUUUUGUCACAAAGGGAAGGAAAUAGCACCCAGAGCACCAAUGGGACUCACACCCACUACCUUCUUUCUUGUGCUCAGACAGUUAUCAUAGCAGUGCUUUCCACCCCUCAGCUCCAGAGACCUCUUCCUGCAUGUUUGUUACACAGAGUUUUGCGACCUAGGUUCAGUUUCAUGCCUUUAAUAUCCAAGUUUUAAUAUUUAUAGAUGCAUGCUAUCUCUUUCAAUGAAAAAUUUCAACUUGUUCAAUUUCGAAACUUUUAUUCUUUGAACAAGGUAUUUGAUUGCUUUUCUGGAGAAUAUUAUUGUUAUUUUUACAAACUUUAAAGAUACUUUUUGAAGUUGGCAUUGUUUUGUCAUCAGAAAUGUAUUCAUUGACGAAUCUCUAUACCCAGUUGUACAUAAAACAAAGUUUUCAAUCCAAAAACUCAAUUUAUGAUGAGCAAUUUUAAUCGCAGUGUACACGUAUGCCAAUCGUUCUGAGUUUGCUUUCUGCAUGCUCAAAAGUUUUUUGAAAUAGAAUAAUCAGACUUGUGUGUAUGUGAGAGUUAAUUAUUAUAAUUAAGUGUCCAAGUAUCGUCUGGUUUUGGAAGCAUAAAAUUUAGAAGUAAUAAUUACAACCCAAAUUCAAAAUAAUAGAAUAGCUAGUUUUCACCAACAAAAUUUAAUUUGCUGCUGCAUUAAAGAGUGCUUAGAAUAGUAUCCAUAGCCAUAAAUGUAAAUAGUUGGUGGAAUCAAUGAUUGUAAGGAUCAUAGCUAGGAUUCCACAAAAAUGCAAGCCAUAAAGUAUUGUUAUUUUUCGGUCUUAUUUUUUUAAAUUAAUUUAUUAUUAUUAUUUAAAUAUUCUAAUUUUUUGAUGCAAUGUGAACCAUCAUCACUAUAAAAUAUUGGAUUAUUCAGUUUAAAAUUAAUUUCAAUUAAGUAUAAAUCAAAUGCUAUUUUUGCUUUAAAGAGGGAGAAAGGUUACAUGUUCAUUUAAAUUCCUAAUUCACUCUAUAUUUCACAUGUGGCACGAAACAGUUUCCAAACAGUACAACAGUUUCCCAAAAUGAUAAAAGUUUCUAUUAUUUUGAAUUUGGUUUGUAUAAGUUAGUUUAAAGAUAUGAUUAAGAAAUCUAAAUGUUAUUCAUAAAAUUAUAAAUUUUCCACUUCAAAAAAAUAAUAUUUACUACUUUUAUAAAUGGCAUUUGAUCUUUAUUUAAAAAUUGUUUAAGUUUCAAAGAUAUAAAACUAUACAUUUCCUGAGUUGAUAUAUUUCUGAAUGUAUGCAGCUUUGUUUGCUUCUGUCAUUGGUUUUCUUGCGAAUUUUCAAAUUUUUUUAUUAGAAAAUACGCACAUAUACAGUUUUCUCAAUAAAUGAU